GUUAAUUCCUACAUCGUGUACAAUGGUCAACCUUCGACUGCAGAAACGGCUCGCGGCCAGCGUGGCGGGUGUGGGUAAACGAAAGAUCUGGUGUGAUCCCCAAGAAGCCGCCGAGAUCAGUCAGGCAAACUCCCGUUCUGGGGUUCGUAAACUCUUGCAAGAUGGUCACAUCAUCACUAAACCAUCCGUCACUCAUUCGCGAGCUCGUACUCGUGAUCACAACGCUGCCAAACGUCAAGGUCGUCACACCGGUUACGGUAAACGUAAAGGUACAGCCGAUGCUCGUAUGCCUGUCAAAGUACAAUGGUUGAGGAGAAUGAGAGUUUUGAGGAGGUUGUUGAGGAAGUAUCGUGAAGGUGGAAAGAUUGAUAAACAUCUUUACCACUCCCUUUACCUCGAAGCCAAGGGUAACAAAUUCAAGAACAAGCGUGUCUUGAUGGAACACAUUCACAAAGCCAAAGCCGAGAAACUUCGUACUAAACAUAUCGCCGAACAGAUGGAGGCUCGUCGUGUCAAGAACAAGGCGAUGCGGGAGAGGAAGGCUCUCAGGUUGGCCGAGAAGAGGCAAGGGAUCAUCGAAGUCGAACACGAGGAGAACAAGGAGUAGUCGAGUUCUCUGUCCGAUUUGGAUGCAUGUGUAUGAUCAUGC